UAGGGUGUUCACAUAGCUGUAGGCUGUAGAAUUUAUACUAUAAAUAGACCUAGCUGGCUAGCUCAUUGCAUCAGUAUCAUUCAGUAGGUGUUUAACAACUUCAUAAUAUUAGUAUAUUGAGAAAGGAAAGGAGAGGAGAGGAUGGUGAGGGAAACUGAGAUAAUGCAGGUGCUCCGCAUGAAGGAGGGGACUGAUGACACCAGUUUCGCAAAAACUGCAUACAUGGCGGUAAUCUCUUUCAAACUAAUCUUCCAUACGAAACUAACUAAAAUAUAUUCAUCCGUUCUUUUUCAAAGUUUCCCUUAUUUGAAAGUUUCAUAUUAAUCGCAACAUUUUCUUAUUUGAUGUUAUCUUCUCUAGUUCUAUCUCUCUUUUAUCACAUGAGUCUCACUUUUUAUCUAUAUCUUUACUUUUUUUUUUUUUUUUUUGAUAAACAAGGCGAUUCAUUCAUUAGCUAAUAAUGUUAAAUAUAUUACAAUCCGCGAGAAGUUGUUUCGAACAAUAAGCAGGGGGAGUGGGGAUAUCUUUACUUUUUAUCACAUAAGAGGCAGAUACUAUUAAUGUCGAAAUCAAUAAGAGAAAAGGUCAUAAGGGAGUUGUAUUGCAUGGAACAAUCAACAAUCUUAUGCAUAGCAGACUUGGGUUGUUCUUCUUCUGAGGAGAACAACUUGAGCGUAGUGUAUGGGCUCGUAGACACCAUUGAUAAAGCUCGUCGAGAACUCGGACAUGGACCUCAAGAGUAUCAAAUUUACUUGAAUGAUCUUCCAGGGAAUGAUUUCAACACUGUGUUUGGUUCGGUCACAAGGUUUAAGGAUAAACUUAAGGAGAAAAUGGGAGAUGAUUUUGGGGAUUGCUUUGUGAAUGGUGUUCCUGGCUCUUUUUAUGGUAGGCUUUUUCCUACCAAUAGCUUGCAUUUUGUGCACUCUUCCACUAGCCUGCAUUGGCUAUCUCAGGUACCAGAAGGGAUAGAAGACAAUAAGAGAAACAUUUACACGGCAAAAACAAGCCCCCCAAAAGUCCUUAAAGCUUAUUAUGAUCAAUUUAAAAAGGACUUUUUGAUGUUCCUACAUUGUCGUUCCAAGGAAGUUGUAGCUGGAGGAAAAAUGGUGCUAACUUUAUUAGGAAGACAAAACAAUGACUCUUGUUAUAGCAAUAAAUCUGGUUACAUGUGGGAGCUUCUUGCCAAGGUCCUCGAUGACAUGGUUAUUGAGGGUUACAUAGAGGAAGAGAAGCUAAACACAUUCAAUCUUCCCAUAUAUACACCUUCGCCUUCGGAACUCGAAUUUCUGGUACAUAGCGAGGGAUCUUUUGCUCUUAAUCAAGUUCAUGCUUUCGAAAUCAGUUGGGACGUGAAUGAUCAUAAGAAUGGCAACUCUUGCGAUCAAUAUGACUUUGUAACAUGUUUGAGAGCUGUGGUUGAGCCCUUAAUUAUUAGUCAUUUUGGAGAAGUAAUCAUCGAUGAGAUAUUCAAAAGAUUUAGGGAAAUUGUAUAUGUUUCGAUGGCUAACGAGAAGAAUAUGAUAGCUAACGUUACAAUCUCCUUAACAAGAAGAAGUCGAGGCUGACGAAUGAUUAAUGUCAUUUACUAUUUCAGGGUUGUUUGUCAGUUAAGGGUUUGACGCAAGUUCAGAGAUCCCUGAAUAUUUUCUUUAGAAGUUCACGGAAAUCGCUACAUUUAUUCACUGGGUAGAUAGUAGACUACUCAUUAGGAAUAGAAAAUUAAAAAAUAAAUAUUUUUACGGAGUUAGAUUCCACUUAUUAUUAAUAUCUAUCUCUAGUGGGUAGACUACCAGUGAGUAGACAAAGUUUUUCCGCAAGUUCACCCAUCUAUUAUUUUUUUUGGUUGCCAAGAUUGUUUUACAGUUUCUUGAGCUUAUUUGGUUUUGAUUGUAUGAAUCUUCCCUUAAAAAAGCUUGUUUAUUGAGAAAUGUAUUUAUGUAUUGUACCAAAUAGUGGUUUAUUAUUGGCUAAUCUAGCACCUCAUGAUGGUUUAUCUUAAUA